AUGCCUCAUUCUCCACAUUGUCCCCUUGUCGUCCCUCUGGCUAUCCACUACGGUGCCAGGGAGGUGUUGGAAGAUCUUCGCAUGAUGCUUGUUGCGGACUUCGUGGUGCCACCGAGCUUCUCGUUAUCUUCCUCACGCGAUGGUCCUGGCCACUCCGCAGCAGACGACCAUACACAGAAAGGCUCCAAAAGGAACCGCCGCGAAAUAGAUGUGCUCACCAGCCCAUCUCAGUUGGCAACGACAGUCGAAGCGAUGGAAGCAAAGACACCACACCGCAUGCAUGUCACGUCAGCGUCGAGAGCGGUGGGACUAUCACAACACGAUCACUGUAGGACGUUGGUCGAAGCUCUGUCACGUCGGCAUAAACCUCUGAGCGCUGGCUACAAAGGGCAAGAUUCCAGUUGUUAUCUGAGAGCAGCUGUUGCCGUUGGGUCCCAGAUCCUGGGGAGGAGUCCUAGAGAAAGCCCGAUCAUGGAAAUUGAAGCAGAUGGCUGUGUUACCGUUGGCGAGUUGGCCAGGAGGACCAUCAGCCGAAAAGCACUUCAUCGAGAAGCCUAA